AUGUCUUCCAUCGGCGAUCUCUCGGGUAUUGCUUCUGGCUGCGGUAGCCAUCUGGAUGAUUCUGACCUUAACUUAGCCACUUCUUCUUUGACAGCUUCCUCAUCUUCCAAUGCUAGCGCCUCCCGCCACAAGACAUCCCCCAUCUGGCAAUAUUGUCGACUAGAGGAGGGCAGAAAGAUUCCGGCUGCCUGGGUCGAUUCCAAUGGAAGGAAAUGGUGGCAUUGCCGACCCUGCUUCGAGAGGAAAAAAAGAGACAAGAAGUACAACUGCUCUGGUGGAUCGUCCACUGUCAUCGAUCAUCUGCGCAAACAGCAUGGAAUUGUGAUCUCUACUAGGCAAGCCAUUCACCGGGAAGCGACAGAAAACCGCCUUGGAGACAUCAGUUCCUUCUUGAGCAACGAUGCCCUUACCUCUACCAAGAGGCGCAAGGUGACAGCAGAGGAAGGUGCGCUUGACCAAGCCACUCUGCGCGAAUUAUACUGCCGUUACACGGUAGCUUGCAGUCUCCCUUUUGCUCAGGUCGAACAUCCGGCCUUUCGUGACUUCAUUCGCUAUCUUCGUCCGGCUGCCGAUGAUCUCCUUCCAAGGUCUGGUGAUACUGUUAAAACCGACUUACAAUGGGGCUAUGACAACAAGAAAGAGUUUGUAAGGAGAGCUUUGCAAAAUGCCCUUUCCUCGAUCCACUUCAUUCCGGAUAAUUGGACUUCGCCAAAUGGGCUGGGGGUCAUUGGUUUCACAGUUCAAUUCGUAACUGAAGAUCACGGUUUACAAUCCCUUGUGGUGAGGAUCAAGGAGCUGGAAGGAGAACACAGCGGCGAGCACAUGGCCGAAGCUAUCAUGGAGUUCGUACGAGAAUACGGAAUCGCCACAAAAGUUGGCUAUUUCAUGAUGGACUAUGCUAGCAACAUGAACACCAUGAUUGACAAAAUCUCUGACGACCUGGAGCGAGAGUUUGAUGUUUUCUACGACCCUCUUCCUCACCGGCUUCGCUGUACCGGCCACAUCAUAAACCUGGCCGUGAUGGAAUUUCUCAUAGGAAAACGGCCACCCACGACAGGCUCCUAUCGGGGCCCGACCGUAGAGGAGAUUGAGGAAUGGAGAAAGCGAGGGGCAAUUGGCAAGCUUCAUAAUAUCGUGGUUUAUAUCACUUGGACACCCCAGAGACUUCAAACGUUGACUGCUCUCACCGACGGUCUCAGGCUACGGCGUGACAACGACACUCGCUGGAAUUCAUGGUACCAAAUGGUUGAAAGGGCUCUGAGGCCUGGAGUCAGGCAAGCUAUCACCGUAUUCUGCGCGCAAGAGGCUGCUCUACAAGAGGAUGCCCUGGCACCGUCUGAUUGGGUAACUUUGGCCGAGAUUCACAAAUUUCUGGAACCAUUUCACGAUGCGACAAUGGCCAACGAGGGCGUUCAGAAUUCCAUCGCCGACGUUCUUCCUACCAUGGAUUAUCUGCUACACCACAUCGAGGCCGCCAGGGAUGCCACGGCCAUCCCCCACUUGGCCACGAUGAUGGAGACUGCCUGGGCCAAACUAGCCGACUACUAUGAAUUGACAGAAGAUUCGCCUGUCUAUUCAGCAGCCACAGUUUUAAAUCCCUCUUUCAAGUGGGCAUACAUGGAGAAGACUUGGGAAGACAAGGCGGAAUGGAUUGAGAGAGCUAAAUCCCGGGUGGCGCAGCUGUGGAGGGACUCGUACAAAUCAACCUCUUCCUUGCCGGUUCUUCGACCAGGCUCAGCAGAGGAGCCAACUACGAGGCGGCUAAAUGGCUUGUCUUUGAUGGCCAUUGACAUUCUUUCCAUUGCAGCUAUGUCUUCUGGGACAGAGCGACUCUUCUCGAAAUCAAAACGUACCGUAACCGACCAGCGAGGAGCUAUGGAUGCUGAAACCUUGAAUCUCGUGGAAUGUCUACGGUCGUGGGACAGCAGCGCCUUGAUAGCCCCAUCCGAUAGAUUCCAGUGUCGCUAUGUCGAUGCGGCUGCUGGGUCUAACCCCUCUGGUGCACAGAAGCGCGACGAGAGCAGUGGGGGAUCAGACACAGUUGAGAUGCCAUAG